CUCCACGGGCCCGAACCCUAAACCGAACCCGUCCGACAUCCGAUUUUGGACUGGACAGGCGACCGCGAACUUGUCGCCAAAUAGUUCAUCGAGAAAAGGCCAGGCGGCUGGCCGUGAAACCGUAGCGCGCCUAAAAGAAAAUCGUCGGAAAUCGAAUCGCACUCCAAGGAAAUUGCUAAUUAAGUCCCGUGAUUAGUCCGGAGUUCGGUGCAAAAUAUGACUAAGUGGAAAAUGGAUAUUCCCGGAUUCUUGACACUUUUCAGCUACUUUGGAUUAACCGCAGCGGGAGUUCUAAGUUUAAGCGAUACUGGAUUGAAUUUGGCUGCCAAUGGAUCGGUGCUCUUGGCCCCUUCGAACAAUUCAAAUACCUACAGUUUAUCCAUAAACCUGACAGAGUCCAGCAGCAGUGACUGUCCUUCGCUGAGCAAUGCAGAGUCCUUGUCUCAAAUGGAGCUAAUCAAGCGCCUGACCGACUCUUGUCGGUACGAUAAUUUGAAUCCCCCCAUAUCCUACAACAAGGAUGGCGUGGAGCAGCCCCUGGGCGUGUACACUCGCUUCUAUAUCUACGUGAUGAAGAACGUGGAGUCGAGCAAUCUGCAGUUUAUGGUCCAGGGCCUACUGCAGUUGCGCUACCAUGACCCCAGACUGGCCUUUUCCAGCCUGGUUCCCAACCGAGAUCAACCGAUCAUGGGUGAGAGUUCGUUAAAGAAGAUGAUCUGGGUGCCGCACAUAUUCUUAACCAACGAACAGACGUCCAGUGUCCUGGGAACGAGCUCACCUGACGAGCUGACUACCAUCUAUCCGAAUGGGACAGUUAUAAUAUCCACACGGCUACAGGCUACCCUGUACUGUUGGAUGAACUUUGCAAAGUUCCCGUUUGACGAUCAGACUUGCACCACGAUCCUGGAGAGCUGGAUGUACAACAAUACGCUGGUGGAACUUCACUGGGAGACUGAGAACGCUGUGACCUUUGACACAGAGAUGCAACUGGCGGAAUAUAACCUGAUUGGUUCUUUAACCAACGAGUCCAUCCGUAUUUCCAAUGGUAGCCACAUGAGCCAUGGCGCCUUGGUGGGCAACUACAGUACCAUCCGGUUCAGCAUCUUGCUGACCAGGGAAGUGGGGUACUAUGUCAUCGACUACUUCCUGCCCUCCAUAAUGAUAGUGUGCAUUUCGUGGGUGUCCUUCUGGCUUCAGGCGGAUCAAACGCCUGCCCGAACCACUUUAGGAUGCACCACUCUGCUAUCCUUCAUUACCUUGUCACUGUCCCAGGAGGCCAAUCUCUCAAAGACGGGUUAUGUGACCAUGUCAGAAGUGUGGUUCCUGGUCUGCACAAUCUUCAUUUUUGGCAGCUUAGUGGAGUUUGCCUUUGUGAACACCAUCUUCCGGAGAAACAAUAAUUUGGAGUUGAAGAAGCGCUCCACCAAGUACAUUGUCAAGUCCACUUUUGUGCCCCACAUAAAGAAGCAUCGCCGACAUGGAUAUAAACGCACGGAGAGCACCAUGAGCACUACUAGCAUGGACAAGUCCUGCUUGGGUCCCAACAACACUGUCAUAACCAUUGAGACCCCGAUUAUUAUAGGAGGAAGUCUCAGUCGGGAAGACUCCGCCAUCAGCUUGGACGAGCACGACGAGAGCUCCAGCAGCAGCACGUCGGGCGAAACGCCGAAGGAGAAACCCCCACAAACUUUCGCCACCAUGACCCCCAAGGAGGUAUCCCUGUGGAUCGACAGGAAGAUGCGAUUCGUCUUUCCGCUGGCAUUCAUCGUGUUCAAUGCCCUGUUCUGGACCUUGGUCUACUGCCUCUGAGGUGCGACCGGCCAUAGAGCAAUACUGUGAUCCUGGAGCAUCCUCAUCCUAUACCUCAUUAUGCAAUAGAGCCCUAGACUAAGUCAG